GCCCCCAGCACGCUACGCGAGCGUUGGGAGGUCCCACCUUUCACGCCGGCCGCAGCAAGAUGGCGGCGGCGGCGGAGGCAAAAGGAACGGCUUCCGCUACGGAUUUCUGAUAACCAAACCUUUCCACAAGAAGUGAACUGGCAAGACUGCUUUUCUCUAAAACGGGGGAGCUGAUCGACACCAUGAAGGUCUUCUGCGGGCGGGCCAAUCCGACCACGGGAUCCGUGGAGUGGCUGGAAGAGGAUGAGCAUUAUGAUUACCACCAGGAGAUUGCGAGGUCAUCCUAUGCAGAUAUGCUGCAUGACAAAGACAGAAAUCUAAAAUAUUACCAGGGUAUCCGGGCUGCUGUGAGGAGGGUCAAGGACAGAGGACAGAAGGCCUUGGUUCUGGACAUUGGUACUGGCACAGGGCUCUUGUCAAUGAUGGCAGUCACAGCAGGUGCUGACUUCUGCUAUGCCAUUGAGGUUUUCAAGCCUAUGGCUGAUGCUGCUGUGAAGAUUGUGGAGAAAAAUGGCUUCAGUGAUAAAAUUAAGGUUAUCAACAAGCAUUCUACUGAGGUGACCGUAGGGCCAGAUGGUGACAUGCCAUGCCGUGCCAACAUCCUGGUCACAGAGCUGUUUGACACAGAACUGAUCGGGGAGGGAGCGCUGCCUUCCUAUGAGCAUGCACACAAGCAUCUUGUACAGGAAAAUUGUGAGGCAGUGCCUCACAGAGCAACCAUCUAUGCACAGCUGGUGGAGUCCAGAAGAAUGUGGUCAUGGAACAAGCUGUUUCCCAUCCAUGUUCAGACGGGCAUUGGAGAGCAGGUUAUUGUCCCUCCUUUGGAACUGGAGAGGUGCCCUGGUGCACCCUCUGUCUGUGACAUUCAGCUGAACCAGGUGUCACCUACCGACUUCACCGUCCUCAGCGAUGUGCUGCCUAUGUUCAGUGUGGACUUCAGCAAGCAAGUCAGUAGUUCAGCAGCUUGCCAUAGCAAGCAGUUUGAACCUCUGGCAUCUGGCCGAGCUCAGGUGGUUCUCUCCUGGUGGGACAUUGAAAUGGACCCUGAGGGGAAGAUCAAGUGCACCAUGGCCCCCUUCUGGGCACACUCAAACCCAGAAGAGCUCCAGUGGCGGGACCACUGGAUGCAGUGUGUGUACUUUCUGCCACAAGAGGAGCCAAUCGUACAGGGCUCAGCCUUCUGGCUGGUAGCCCACCAUGACGACUACUGUGUGUGGUACAGCCUUCAGAGGACCAGCCCUGAAAAGAACGGGAGAGUCCACCAAAUGCGCCCUGUGUGUGACUGCCAGGCUCACCUGCUCUGGAACCGGCCUCGGUUUGGAGAGAUCAAUGAUCAGGAUAGAACUGAUCAGUAUGUUCAUGCCCUGAGGACCGUGCUGAAGUCGGACAGUGUCUGCCUGUGUGUCAGUGAUGGCAGUCUGCUCUCCAUGCUGGCGCAUCACCUUGGGGCAGAGCAGGUAUUUACAAUUGAGAGUUCAGCAGCUUCUCAUAAACUAAUGAAAAAGAUCUUCAAGGCUAACCACUUGGAAGAUAAAAUUAAUAUCAUAGAGAAACGGCCUGAAUUAUUAACAUCUGCAGACUUGGAGGGUAAAAAGGUCUCUGUCCUCCUGGGUGAGCCGUUCUUCACCACCAGCCUGCUGCCGUGGCACAACCUGUACUUCUGGUAUGUCCGGACUGCUGUGGACCAGCACCUGGGGCCUGGUGCUGUGGUGAUGCCCCAGGCUGCUUCGCUGCAUGCUGUGGUCGUGGAGUUCAGGGACCUGUGGCGGAUCCGGAGCCCCUGUGGCGACUGCGAAGGUUUUGAUGUGCAUAUCAUGGACGAGAUGAUUAAGUGUGCCCUGGACUUCAGGGAGAGCAAGGAAGCCGAGCCGCACCCACUGUGGGAGUACCCUUGCCGCCGCCUUUCUGAGCCCCAGCAGAUCUUGACCUUUGAUUUUCAGCAGCUAGUCCCCCAGCAUCCUGUGCGUGCUGAAGGGUCCAUGGAGCUGAGGAGGCCCGGGAGGAGCCACGGGGCCGUCCUGUGGAUGGAAUACCACUUGACCCCAGACCGCAUGGUCAGCACUGGCCUUCUGGAACCCACAGAAGAUGAGGGGGACUGUUGCUGGAACCCCCACUGCAAGCAGGCCGUGUACUUCUUCAGUGCCACGCUGGAUCCCCGAGCACCGCCACAUGGCCUGCAGACAGUCAGCUAUGCUGUGGAGUUUCACCCCCACACCGGAGAUGUCACCAUGGAGUUCAGACUUACAGACACCCUAAACUAACCCUGACUUGCUGAGAAAUAAAGUGGCCCGAGGGCGACAGGC